AUCUGUGAAUGAUCACAGAGGUCACAUGGUACAAGGCUAUUCACAGCAGCCUUGUACCAUGUGACAAGCUGUGACCAAUCACAGCUCACUCAGUACUUCUCAAUGAGUGCAAGAGGGACCUCUGUACGAGGUCCCGAUCAUGUGAUCACUGAUUGGCCAAUCAAUGAUCACAUGCAAAGUAGUAAGCAAGAUGUCACUUAUGACAUCAUUGCUUACUACGUGUGAAAUCUGUGAAUGAUCACAGAGGUCACAUGGUACAAGGCUAUUCACAGCAGCCUUGUACCAUGUGACAAGCUGUG